AUGAAGUUUAAGUUUACCUCCUUAGAGCAGAUUGUUGGACCUGCCAUCGCAAAGGUCUUACCUGAUCACCAAAAACCUUGGUUUCAAGUGAGACACCUUUUGAAGCUUAAUUUGCUCUUGUUGGUACCUUUAUCUGUAAGUAGUACUGCUGGUUAUGAUGGUUCGUUGAUGAACGGAUUACAAUCAAUUGACCCUUGGAAGGCUUAUUUCAAUCAACCCCAUGGAACAAUGUUGGGAUUUGUGAAUGCUGCUCAGAACUGUGGGUGUUUCAUCAUGUUGCCCUUAUGUGGCUGGCUAACUGAUUAUAUAGGAAGAAAAUUCACCAUUGCCAUAGGUUUGUUGGGAGUUAUUGUGGCAACCAUUAUUCAGGCUGCUGCCCACAAUUUGGGUGCAACCAUCGCUGCUAGGUUCAUUGUUGGUGCCUUCGGUAUGUUGGCAGUACAGCCAGCUCCACUUCUUAUUGCUGAGCUUUCUUACCCCAGCUACAGAGGAAAAAUGACCUCUUUAUACUGGACUUUCUAUUACUUAGGGGCCAUCUUGGCUUCGUGGACUUGUUUUGGUACUCAGGGAAGAAAUGAUAACUAUUCGUGGAGAAUCCCUACCAUCUUGCAAGCGGGGUUCCCAGUAUUGCAGUUGGUGUUUAUUUGGUUUGUACCAGAGAGUCCUAGAUGGCUUAUUUCUAAGGGAAAGAACGACAAGGCAAGAGCUAUCUUAGUUGAGCACCAUGCUGGUGGAGAUGAGGAUCUGGAAUUGGUGAAUGUCGAGAUGUCUGAAAUAGUUGCCACCUUGGAGAUGGAAGGGGCAGCUAAGUCCACUAAAUGGUCUGACUUGGUUUCCACGCCUGGAAACAGAAGAAGAACUUACAUUGCCGUAAGUUUAGGAGUUUUUGCCCAGUGGAAUGGGAUUGCUGUUGUUUCAUAUUACUUGACUUUGGUAUUGAACACCAUUGGAAUCACCUCUUCUACCAUGCAGACUUUGAUCAACGGAUUGUUACAAAUCUUCAAUUUAAUAGCUGCUUCUUCCGCAGCUUUGUUAGUGGAUCUUCUUGGACGAAGAACCCUCUUCUUGUGGUCUGGGAUUGGAAUGCUUGUAUCGUAUAUUAUCUGGACAGCUUGUUCGGCAAUAUUUGCAGAGAAAGGAACCCCAGGUGCAGGCAAAGCCGUGGUGGCAUUCAUCUUUAUCUUUUACUUCCACUAUGAUAUAGCUUACACUCCGUUGCUCAUGGGAUACCCCACCGAGAUUUUUCCUUACUACUUAAGAUCCAAAGGGGUUGCGGCUGAAUUGAUGGGAGUCUACGGAGCUUUGAUUAUUGCCUCCUUCUGCAACUCUAUUGCCUUGGAUAAUAUUGGUUGGAAGUACUACAUUGUAUUUUGUGUGUUAUUGGUAAUAAUUUGUUUAAACACUUACUACUUCUAUCCAGAAACUAAAGGUUACUCUCUUGAGGAAGUUGCUCAGAUUUUUGAUGGAAAUGAAGCUAUCUUGGACGUCACUCUGGGAGAUUUGAUGAAACAUGGUUCUGCAAAGACAUCUCAAGAGCAUGUGGAGCGUGUUCGAGAAUUAUAA